GCGCGGUGACAACUGGGUACUCCUCUUCUACUAAUACAGGAAGAACAGACUGUUUCAGCGACCAGGUACCUACACCCAAACUGUAGACAAGCGCUUAACGACAACCCUAUUCAGUCUGAAAGCAGAGGAUGGCAGAGUUGGCAGGUCUGGUGCAGCGUCUGGAGGUGGCGGUGACCCGGCUGGAGGCGGUCUCUGGCCCAGCAGGGGGCGGAGCAGGUGGAGCAGGUGGUUCUGGAGUCGUGUCUGCUUACGUGGAGGCCUACGAUGCCCUGGUGUCAGGACCUGUGGCUGUGUACUUGGCCCUCAGUAAGAAGAUCGGAGGAGAUGUCCAGAAACAUGCGGACAUGAUGCAGAGGGCAUUUGCGGCCGAGAGGCAGUUGCUGGUCAAAGCUUCCAGCAGCCAGAAGCCCUCAGACUCGACCCUGACAUCUCUGCUGGCUCCAGUCUCUAAGAUAAUUCAGGAGGUGCAGAGCUUCCGUGAGACCAACCGCUCGUCUCCACUCUUCAACCACCUCUCAGCCGUCAGCGAGAGUGUGCCUGCUCUUGGGUGGAUCGCCAUGGCUCCAAAACCAGGUCCCUAUGUGAAGGAGAUGCAGGAUGCUGCCACCUUCUACACCAACCGUGUGCUGAAGGACUUCAAGGAGAAGGAUAAGAUGCAUGUGGACUGGGUGAAGGCAUACCUCUCCGUCUGGACUGAGUUGCAGGGUUACAUCAAACAGCACCAUACCACCGGGGUUACCUGGAGCAAAACUGGUGCUGUUGCUUCUGCUGGCCCUGCUGCUCCAGGCGGCCCGCUCCCUCCUCCCCCCGGGCCCCCACCUCCACCCAUGAACCUCAGCAGCUCCUCUGGUGGCGACGGAGGACCAACCAGGAACGAACUCUUUGCCUCCAUCAACAAGGGUGCAGAUAUCACUAAAGGUCUGAAGCAUGUGUCGGCUAACGAGAUGACUCAUAAAAACCCCAAUCUGAGGGCUGGGGCCAGCGCCCUUCACUCCUCCCCCAAACCCUUCACCGCCCCCCGCCCCACUGCGGCGGCCCCCGCCCGUACCCUCCCCCCUGUCUUUGAGCUGGACGGCAAGAAGUGGAAAGUGGAGAACCAGGAUGGUGUUCAGGGUCUGGUGAUCAGUGACACGGAGCUCAAGCAGGUGGUCUACGCCUACAAGUGCAACAAGAGCACCCUCCAGGUGAAGGGCAAGAUCAACUCCAUCACUAUUGACAACUGUAAGAAAAUGGGUCUGGUGUUUGAUGAUGUGGUUGGGAUUGUGGAGGUGAUCAACUCCAGGGACGUGAAAGUCCAGGUAAUGGGUAAGGUUCCCACCAUCUCAGUCAACAAGACAGACGGUUGCCAUAUCUACCUGAGUAAGGACUCCCUGUCCUGUGAGAUUGUCAGUGCCAAGAGCUCUGAGAUGAACGUUCUGGUGCCCGGCAAUGAUGGAGACUUUACUGAGAUCGCCGUUCCUGAGCAGUUCAAGACUGUAUGGGACGGCAAGAAGCUCGUCACCACGGCAACAGAGAUCGCCGGAUAGAGGGACUGCCUGUUCGAGACCACCCCCAUCGCAGAAUGCCUACCUGACUGACCGACCAAACGACCAGCCAAUCGCAAAGCAGACUGAAAUGCCAACAUCGCUUAAUUUGCCCAUCAGCCAGUCAGCAGUCAGUAACUACCCUUCAGCCAAUGAGAGGACUGCUUGUUUUAUCUGGAGCAAUCCUUCAGCCAAGUGCAAGGAACAGCUUGUCAUUCCGUUUGCUUAUCUGUGGCCAGUAGGCUCUUCCAAAUUAAUUGCCAAAUUAAUUAAAUGAAUAAAUGCUUUUGAUUUGUUUUCUGUCCGCAUUCCAGCCAUGAGGGAAAAUCUUCUCUGAGGCCGACAGGAGGAGCUGGAGCUUUCUCGCUGUUCUUGUCUCUUUUCCCCAUCAUUCCGAAUUUCAAAAAAAGAACUUUCUUGUCAUACUUCUGUCUGGUCAGGGGGGUCUGGUGGGUGGGAGGGGGGGUCUGGCGGUUUCUGUUCCAUAUAUGCAAUCAGCCCUGAAGCACACGAUCCCCUUCACAGCAGCCACGCUAUCAUUUGAUGACGGUAUUCAUGUUUAUAGUGAUGAUAUUCUAAAGAAAAACAUAGUGAUGCUAAUUAUAAAUGCAACUCUCAGCCACUAUCCAACA